AGGAUUUUCGUGUUAACAUGAUCAUCAAAAAUCAUUCAUACAGGUACUGUUAAGCUACAUCAUCAUAUGUUCAUAUCUAAGAUUUAGAUAAGAUCCUUCCUUCCGAAGAAAUUAAACAAAACCAACAACUCCACUUUCAAAAUCAAACACGUCCUUCAUUCGGAUCUGACGCAAUUUCUCAUUCUUUUCCUCCUGCCAACAUCCAACUUGAAAAUUGUCUUGGUUGUGAUCCUACCUCCGGGAUUCUAUAUUUUGAGUUGAAUUUUCUGAUCAUGUCGAUGCUUGAUUCUUUCUUCACCGGCAAGGGCUUUAAAGCUUCUAAAUGUAAAACAUUGCUGAAACUUACGAUUCCAAGAAUAAAGUUGUUGAGGAAUCGGAGGGAACACCAGAUUAAGCAAAUGCGCAAAGAUAUUGCUAAGCUACUUGAGACUGGUCAAGAAGCUACUGCUCGCAUUCGGGUGGAACACAUUAUUAGAGAAGAGAAUAUGAUGGCUGCACAAGAAAUCAUUGAAUUGUUUUGUGAGCUUAUUGCUGUCCGGCUUCCCAUUAUCGAGUCUCAAAGGGAGUGUCCACUAGACUUGAAAGAGGCCAUAUCUAGUAUCUGUUUCGCUGCACCAAGAUGUGCAGACUUGCCUGAGUUGCUGCAAGUUCAAUUGUCCUUUGUUUCCAAAUAUGGGAGAGAGUUCGUAGCUGCUGCUACAGAACUUAUGCCAGAUAGUGGUGUUAACCGACAGUUGGUUGAGCUGUUGUCUGUUCGUGCUCCAUCCCCUGAAAAGAAAUUGAAGUUGUUGAAAGAAAUUGCUGAAGAGCAUGAAUUAGAAUGGGAUCCAUCUCCUUCUGAAUCAGAACUUUUUAAGUCUCAUGAAGAUUUACUGAAUGGACCAAAGCAAUUUCUGAGUGGAACUAAAGUCCCACUUCCUAAGGAAAAGCAUGAUGAAACAUUGCAGUCUACUUCACUUCGAGUUGCUGAUGAGCAUUCUGAUUCUGAAGAAAGCUUAGAUCAUUUAGACUUUCCUGAAGUUCCCAAGGUAUCAUUGAGGCCUAGUGCCAAUGCCCCUCCACCGCAGCAAAGUGCGACAGAUUUUUCCCAAUUUCAACAGUCUGACAUUGAUCCUGAGGACAAACUACAAUCUGUCAACUAUGAAUUGCCCAAGUCUUCAGCUGAUGCUCCUGGGGAGAUCAAACAGUUUUUGCCGUUUAUUUCGCCUCCAUCCUCAUUUUCAGCAGCUGCACUUACUGUAAAAGAAAGCGCUCAAUCACCUCCUGCUUCUGUAUUGGAAAGCAGCCAAUCUUCACCUCCUGUAGAAGAUAGAAGUCAAUCUCUGUAUUCUUAUGUAAAAGAAAAGACUGAAUCUCCACCUUUUCCAAAGAUUGAUUCAGACUUGGAUUUGCACGAUGUAUUGGCUGCUGCAAAAGCUGCUGCUGAUUCUGCUGAACGUGCUGCUGCAGCUGCUCGCUCAGCAGCUAGUCUUGCUGAAAUCAGAAUUUCUGAACUUUCCAAGGGCAAGAGUGGUGGCAUCCAAUCCCCUGAUAAAGAUGCUGAGAACCCAUUUUAUGCUACUAAUGAGAAGCUACCUGUGACAGAAAAAGUACAACUGGAUUGCAGAAAUGCUUCAAAUGACAAUGAUGUUUCGAGUUCUUGGACCCCAAUAGAACACUUUGAAAAUGACCAAAAACCAAAUGGUUCAACACAUGCUACUAAUGGUGAAAAUAGAUCAGAGUUGGAUACCUUUACUACUGGAGAGCAUGCUCCUAAAGAAGAGCUCCCAUUUCAUCAGCCUCAAAGGAUUCCAUCAAUGGAUGAAGAUCCAGAAUUUUCGUAUCCGAACCUGUUCUCUUCACAUACUGGAAAUAUGUUCUCCAGGUCGUUUUCUACCGACAAUCCUCAACCGGGGCAUGGAUCAUAAAUGGACGUAAAUGAGAAUUUCACCCUUGCGUAACCUUUGGGCUUUGCCUUAUUACAAGCAUACAUGAUUUUGCAUUUUUCCCUACAUUCCCUCAUGUUUCUUUUAAUUGAUAAUGUGUAAAGUAAAUUUGUGAUGACUACUAAUUGUUAUUUGAAGAUUUGUGUUGGUUAUGCAAUGACAGCCUGGAGUGAGAAAGUUCUGUGGCACAGUGGCAGGCUGAUAAGAAUGUAAAUUUUUUAAGCUGACUGUCAAUACUUGUAUGCUGUUUCUAAUAAUAAUUGUCGGGAUUGGAAAA